UUUCAGGUGACAUUUAGUGAUGUGGCUAUAGACUUCUCUCAUGAAGAGUGGGCAUGCCUAGAUUCUGCUCAGAGGGACUUAUACAAGGAUGUGAUGGUCCAGAAUUAUGAGAACCUGGUCUCUGUAGGUCUUUCCAUAACUAAGCCAUAUGUGAUCACGUUGUUGGAGGUUGGGAAAGAGCCCUGGAGGGUGGAGAAAAAACUGUCAAAAGUUUCCUUUUUUUCACAUACUGUUUCAUCUAUUAUGUCUAUUUUACCCAUUUCUGUUAUCAUGCCUCCUUCUUCUGUGAAGUUUGUAUUCUCUGCUCCAUUUGAGCACUGUUCAGAAAUCAUUGAAAUAUUUGAGUUGUCUGAACUAUGUGUUUUCUGGGGGCUUCAUUUCUUAUCCAUUUCUCCUAAUUCCACCAUAGAAGUUUCUUUUCAAGAAACUUUUAUUAGAGAGAAAAUCUAUACAUGCAGUGAAUGUGGGAAAGCCUUUGGCAAACAGUCAAUCCUCAAUUGCCAUUGGAGAAUUCAUACAGGAGAGAAGCCCUAUGAAUGUCGUCAAUGUGGGAAGACUUUUAGCCUGGCUCAUCCCUUACAUGACAUCUGA